UACAUACAGUUAUAUUAAAGUUAUGUAAAGUUGGUGAAAAUAUGAAAUUCUCUAUUUUCUCCUAUGCAACUGCCAUAACAAUCACAUUUCUAAUUAGAAUACAUGCAUCAUGUUUUAUUGGACUAGAACAAACCUUAUUCAAGGACCGGAUUAACAAUAAUCAUAUGAUUCGGCAAUCAUCGGUUAUCUCCGUGUUGUCCUGUCUGCGGCAGUGUUUCAAACUGGCCACUUGCAUGUCAUUUUUCUACAACGAAAUGACAAAUGUAUGUAAUCUCCAAGGCAUCGUGUAUCUCUAUGAGGAACAGGGAUCUGCUGACCUCGGUUCACGGUACUUUGUACCAAUGGGAAAAGGAAAAUGUCCGGACUUUGGCGGUUUCAUGUACAAUAGAGCGUUGGAGAUAUGCUACAAUUUCAAGUGCUGUGAACUCUACAAUGCCAACGAAUUGAAGGCGAAAUGUAAUGCCACCGGGACGAGCUUGAUCAAGAUAGACAGUUCUGAGAAGCAGGCUCACAUGGCAGCAUUCCUGGAACAAGGCAACACAAGUUAUACAUUGAUUCAAGGCAUACUCGGUAAUAAUGGAAUAUAUACGUAUGAGGAUGGCACAAAUAUGACAUAUUUCAACUGGAACUCUGCUGAUAAUGAGCCGGAGCAACGUAAUAACGAGGUCUUUAUUUUGCUAAAGAAGAAUGAUCAGUUUCUGUGGCACGACGCACGUAACACUGCUACAUAUGCGAGUUCCAACUUGGUGUGUGAAACGCCUGUCUUGUAACGUAUUGGUACAGGCAUGACGCUUUCUGACAUUUUACCUAUCACAACAUGUGUAGAGACACAACAUGUGUAGAGAAUAACUGGUGUAGUUUAUUUAAUACAAUAAUUGCUUUGUGUCUUCAUCACGUCAGUUGGUUUGGUUUAUUUUGUUUAACGUCCUAUUAACAGCCGGGGUCAUUUAAGGACGUGCUAGGUUUUGAGG